AUGGCUGAGUCGCACCCCGCUUCCACCAACACCACCACCAGACCAGCACACCUCGAGCCCUCCAAGCUGGGCACAAAGCAGUACUGGGAUGCCCUCUACGCGCGCGAGCUGACCAACCACGCCCACGACCCGGCCGACAAGGGCACCGUCUGGUUCGACGACUCGGACGCCGAGGCCAAGCUGGUCGCCUUCCUCGACGACCCGGAGGCGGAGGCGGAGGCGGAGGCGGGCCUGCCGCUGGACCGCGCGUCGACCUCCUUCCUCGACCUCGGCUGCGGCAACGGCAGCCUGCUGCUCGCGCUGCGCGAGGACGGCUGGCGCGGCCGCCUCCUGGGCGUCGACUACAGCGCCGCGAGCGUCGAGCUGGCGCGGCAGGUCGCCGCCUCCGCCGCGCAGCAGCAGCAGCAGCAGCAGCAGGAAGAACAAGAACAAGAAGAAGGUGACGGUGUACCGCCGCCGCCGCCGCCGCCGCCGCCGCCAGAGUUCGCCGAGUGGGACGUCCUCAACGGCGGGCUCGACGUGGUCGGCGGACGGGCGGCCUGGGACGUGGUGCUCGACAAGGGCACCUUCGACGCCGUGAGCCUGAGCGCGGGCGCCGCGUGCGAAGGGUACGGGCGCCGCGUGCUCGAGGUGCUGCGCGAGGGCGGCGUCUUCCUCGUCACGAGCUGCAACUGGACCGAGGCCGAGCUCAGGGCCUGGUUCGAGGAGGAGGAAGGAGACGGGGGAGACGGGCCGGGCUCGGGCGACGGCGACGGCGACGGCCGCGCGCGGCUCGUGCAGGUCGGCAGGGUCAACUACCCGAGCUUCAGCUUCGGCGGGGUCAAGGGGCAGACCAUCAGCACUGUGUGCUUCAUGAAGAAGACGGGGAGGUAG